AUGCCUCCCCAGCCAGUCUACGUUUCUCCGAACCCAGAGACAACCAAGCGUGGUCCCUUUACCGAAUUCUUCCUCGAGAGAAAUUGUCCUGAGGAUGCUGAUCCGAAAUUCAAGCACCUGUUCACCACUCAUCAAAACCUCAUGAGAAUGUUGAUCAAUGAUGCUGCUAUGGACACAAACCGAGAGCAGACCUUCUCCACACCUGCAAACAGCAAGAACAAGNNGUGGGACUUCGUCACCCGUUCCUUCCAGAUGCUCAUCGCAACUGUCAACCCCAAAAUCCCAGGCGGCGAAGCUUGGAUGCUGAUUCUCGACACAACCGGCAGAUUGGAGUCCAUGAACCAGUCUGUUGGCUACAACGACGAUGCUGGCAUCCAGUUUAGCGCCGAGAUCAAGGCAGAGGCAGAGAAGCUGGACGAUUUGCCUUGA